CAGCUCGUCGUCUUCGGCCGUGCUUCAAAAGUGAAGCGUCGGUGACAACUUAAUGGCUGUCUGAAACGGCAUCGGUACUGUGAAAACAACUGUCGUUUCAAUAGCUUCACUCACUCUAACGCUUCAAGCUUGUGUUCUCUUUCAACAUCAAACCCUAGGGCUCAGCCUUAUCGUGUACGGGGGAUCACACACAACCGCCGGAGAAUCUAGCCGGCGAGGAAGGUUCGACGGAAUGGCAGAGGACUUCUCUACUGCAGUGGAAUACGGGCUCAGGCUCUCGAAACGAAUUUACUACGGGAAGGAUCGGUCGGCAUCGGCUCCGAAGCCGCAGGAAAUGGAGAAGUCGGAGUCGCAGGAGUCGUUCCUUCCAACGGCGCCAAUGGUUUACGCCGUGAUUCCGGAGCCGUCGAUCGUUGAUAAUCCGGAUGUUCCGAGCUACCAGCCGUAUGUGCAUGGCCGGUGCGAUCCUCCGGCGCUGAUUCCGCUUCACAUGCUUGGGAUUGCAAUGGAAGUUGAUUGUUAUUUGGAUACUGCGUUCAUUUCUGUCAGUGGAACUUGGCGAGUUCACUGCGUUAUGGGGAGUAGAAGAUGCGAUUGUCGCGUUGCGAUUCCAAUGGGGGAGCAGGGUUCAGUUCUAGGUGUUGAGGUUGAUGUUACUGGAAGAUCAUGUAAUAGUCGACUGAUCACAGAGGAAGAUACAAAAGAUAAUGGGAAACCUGCCAAAACAGAAGAUGGGCGCUUUCUGAGAUGGCGGAUAUAUACCUUAAAAGUUCCAAAGGUUGAAGGAGGCACCAAUUUAUCGAUUAAGUUCAGUUGGUCUCAGAAAUUGCUAUAUCAGGAUGGUCAAUUCAGUCUCAUUAUACCUUUCAGUUUUCCCACAUGUGUCACUCCUGCUGGGAAGAAAAUUCCCAAAAAAGAAAAGAUACGGUUGAAUGUGAACUCUGGCACUGGAACAGAAAUUUUAUGCAAGGCUACAAGCCAUCUUCUGAAGGAGCUAAGGCAUCAGGUCGGUAAAUUGGGUUUCUUAUACGAAGCAGAAGUUCAAACAUGGUCACGUGCUGACUUCAAUUUUUCAUAUACUGUGUCUUCUAAUAACAUAUUUGGUGGGGCGCUCAUGCAAUCUCCUUCUGUACAUGAUUUUGAUCAAAGAGAAAUGUUCUGCUUCUAUCUUUUCCCUGGAAGUAACAUCAGUGGGAAGGUUUUCAGAAAGGAAGUGGUAUUUAUUGUUGACAUAAGCAGAAGCAUGCGGGGACGCCCACUUGAGAAUACAAAGGAUGCUGUACUGGCAGCCCUCUUGAACCUUAAUACACAGGAUUCUUUUAACAUAAUAGCUUUUAAUGGAGACACUUGCUUAUUCUCAUCAACAAUGGUUCUUGCAACCAAGGAAGAAGUUGGAAAUGCUACUCAGUGGAUUAACACAAAUUUCAAUGCAGAGGGUGGAACAAACAUUUUGAAUCCUCUAAGUCAGGCAAUAGAGAUGCUCACUAAAACUAGUGGUUCAAUGCCUCUCAUUUUCCUCAUUACUGAUGGGGCUGUUGAAGAUGAAAGACAUAUUUGUAAUGUUGUGGAAGGCCAUCUCAGAAACAGAAGCCCAAUUUGUCCUCGUAUCUGUACUUUUGGCAUAGGUUCAUACUGUAAUCAUUACUUCUUGCAAAUGCUAGCACAGAUUGGAAGGGGUUACUAUGAUGCUGCAUAUGAUGCUGAUUCAAUUGCCUUUCACAUGCAAAGACUGUUCACAAAAGCUUCAUCUGUCAUUCUUGCAAAUAUAACUAUUGAAACCUUGGAACAUCUUGAUUCACUUGAGCUGUUCCCAUUUCAUAUUCCAGACCUUUCAUCUGGAAGCCCACUGAUUAUAUCAGGCAGAUACCAUGGAGAAUUUCCUGAUUCUCUCAAAGCUAGUGGUAGUUUGGCAGAUAUGAGCAAUUUCACGAUAGACUUGAAAAUACAGAAGGCCAAGGAGAUUCCGCUUGACAGAGUAUUUGCAAGGAGACAAAUUAAUUUACUCACAGUACAAGCAUGGUUGUCAGAAAGUAAACAGCUAGAGGAGAGAAUCGCAAGAAUGAGCAUGCAGACGGGCUUUCCUUCAGAGUAUACCUGCAUGAUUUUACUUGUGACUGAUAAAGGGAAGCAAGCCUCUGAAUCAGUGAUGCUACAAGAGAAGAUGGUGGACUCAAUCGGACAGAAAAUCAUACUCCUAGGAACCCUGGGCAUCGGCUUUGGUGACUUGACAGCAACAUCUGAGAAUCUGCCUUCAGGAGUCGAAGAGCCAAAGCCACCUGAGGGCACAGAUGUGAUCUUUAAGGCUGCUACCAACUGUUGCGCCAUGGUGGCUGAUCGCAUAUGUUGCAUGUGCUUCAUCCAGGCUUGUUCAAAACUGAAUAACCAAUGCGCAAUAGCCUUCACACAGCUCUGUUCUGCCCUCACGUGUUUCGGGUGCAUGGAUUGUUGCUGUGAACUCUGUGUUUCGUGCGGCUAAUGACCCAACGAUACAGAGUAGGACAUCAAAAUGUAUGUAUAUACGCUGUUGCUGCAAUAUAUAUAUAUAUAUAUUAUGUUUACAGCGGUA